AUGUCUCUACUACCUCAAAGCGCCGGGUACGCAACCAUAUUGGUUGGCGGCGCGUUCUUUGCGGCGCUCAUGAAUGGCAUCACUUGGAUGCAGAAGAGAUACACAAACUUCGACCCCGGAAAGGUGGAGGAGUUCUCCUCGGCUUCUCGUUCUGUCAAGACUGGAAUGCUGUCGGUCGGCAUAACAUCGGCUUGGGUUUGGGCUGCAGUCUUCCUCCAAACAGGCACGCUCACCUACCUCUACGGAGUCUCGAUACCAUGGUGGUUUGGUAUGGGAGGUUUUGUUGAAAUCGCUGCUUUUGCCUUCGUCUCUUCGAAAAUCAAGGCAAACGCUAGUGGUGCCUCGACGUUUCUUCAGGUGGCCAAGGUACGAUUCGGUGUUUCUGGUCAUCUAGCGUAUAUGUUCGCGGCCCUUGUCGCAAACUUUGUGGUGGGCAGCGAAAUUCUCAUCGGCGGUGCUGGAGUCAUCACUGGAAUGACAGGUAUCAGCCAAUAUGCUGCCAUCUGGCUGUUGCCGCUGGUAAUCGUCGCUUAUGUCCUGACUGGCGGGCUCCGAGCCACUUUCGUAGCGGACUAUCUCCACUGUUGCAUUUUGUUCUCGUGUCUCCUUGUACUUGUCCUGGCAACCUACACGCGGGGCGACGUUAUAGGAUCACCUGGCAAGCUGUAUGACCUUCUGUUGGAUGCUUCCAAGGAAACCCCAGCAGCGGGUAACGGGCAUGAAUCCUACCUCUCCUUCAAGAGUGAGGGCGGCAUGUAUUAUGCUGUUACAGCAGCCACAUCCUUUUUCGGAUUGUCAUUUUGCGAUCAGUCAUAUUGGCAGCGCAGCAUCGCAGCGCGGCCGGCGGGGACAAGCAAGGCCUUCAUCUUCGCUGGCUGUUUCUUUUUCUCAGUCGCUUUCGGUGUCGGAUCCUCGAUGGGCUUGGCCGCAAGGGCUCUAGCGACAAAUCCCGCCUUCCCAGCCUACCCUGAGGGUCUUUCUCUGGCAGAAAUCGGGGCAGGACUUGCUGGGCCUUUUGCGAGCAUGACGAUCCUCGGCAAAGCAGGGCCAGCCAUGUAUACCAUUAUUGCAUUCAUGGCAACUACUUCGGCGUUGUCCGCUCAACUUGUUGCGGUGUCGACCAUUUUCUCAUAUGAUGUCUAUCGUGAGUAUAUCAAUAAAGCAGCAACAAACGUCGAAAUGAUGAGAGCAAACCAUGCCGUGGUCAUCAUCUGGGCCAUCUUCCUCGCUGGAAUCGACACCGCAUUUGCGUACAUUGGCCUGGACCUCAAUUUCCUGUUCUACCUAAUGGCAGUCUGCACCUCCGGCGCCGUCUUUCCUAUUGGCCUCCUGAUGUGCUGGACCCGAUUGAACAAGGCUGGCGCCCUCUUGGGGGUGAUCGGCGGGUUGGUCAUGGGUAUGGUGGCUUGGCUAGUCACCGCGGCGACGACUCAGAAGACGAUAUCUAUCACGACUUUGACCGAUAGCAAAGUCAUUCUCUCGGGUUCUCUGUCGGCGCUGGGGAGUGGUGCUAUCAUUUCUAUAGUGCUGUCUCUCAUAAAGCCGGCCUCUUUCGACUUUGAACUCACUCGAGCCAUCGGUCGUGGUGUGGCGACUCCGGACCCAGCGUCGCAGUCGAAACCGUCGAACGAGAAGGUGCCCCCACAUAUACAGAGUAACAUCGUCGCGUCAAACGAUAUGACUUACGAACCCGCUCUUAGGUUGGUGGAAGGAGGUGGGCGGACCGUCGAGACCGAGGCGCAUUAUGCCGAAGAAGUGGCCAAGCUCGAGGCGUCGCAGACUCGUUUCCGCAUCAUCACUGGACUAUUCCUGCUUGUCAUACUCGUCCUCAUUCCCGCUCCGCUUGCCGGUACCGCUCUGGUUUACCCGAAGGGUCUCUUCGUUCUUCAGUGCGUCGCUGCAGCAACGUUUGUAUUCGUCAGUUUGAUCUUGAUAAUUGCUUGGCCGCUAUUCGAGUCACGAAAGGAGCUGGCAACAAUCCUUGGUCGGAUCGUCCGCAACGAGCGACUGGACAUCAGCCAGCAACAGCAAGAGUGA